AUGGAUACUCACCAUGCCACCCGGAAACUCCUGGGGUACCUUCGCACUGGAUCCCCAAUUCUCCUCCUCCUCGUCUUCAUCGCUUCGUUUGUUGCCAAUUCUAUCCUGGCAGCUAAGAAUGUGAACUGCAACAGCAAAAAUGCGCAGACUGGACCCGGGGGAAGACCGCUUCCCAAGCGGUCAAGAAGCACAAUGGCCGUCCUGAAAUCGCCCCAGAGGUUUUCUCAGAACGCGAAGUCGCUCUUCAAAUGGUUCUCAGUCGGAAUACUGUUAACCAUUGUUGCGGAAGGCGCGCUGAAUGUGUCGCAUGUUAUCAUUGCCAGAUCAGAGCACUGGUGGUGCGGCCAAUCUGUUGUGAUAUAUGUUGUGGGGUCAUUCUUUGAUUACGCCAUUAUCCUUGUGUCAUUAUUGGAUACGAAUCCUUCUCCGACGUUCGCUCAAUUCGUCCCAUGGCUGCUGGCUAUCCCGAUCGAAGUUGGAAUCCUUGGCACAUCUCUUGCAAUCUAUACCAGUCCCCAUCGAGAACCCGUGGUCGGAGAUCCUAUCGGUGGUCGCCUUCGACAGGGGAUAACGUCGUGGGAAGUGACGGGGGUCAUGUUCAAUUGCAUCCGAUUGCUCAUUCUUGCUACCAUGGUCCUGACCUAUGUCGUCAGUAUGGUCCACUUCAAUCACAAGAGGGAACAAACUCAGGCCAAUGGCUCUACCGAAACGACAGGGUUGCUCGAUGCCCAUGGUGUAGAAAACGGGAACGGCUACGGGGCGACGAAUGGCCAUGCUCAGCCUUCGAAGCCCGCCGAUCCUUGGGUGCGUCCGACCACUGUUCCUUCCACUAGCUGGUGGGAAUACUUGAGCGGAUACUCUUUAUUCUUUCCGUAUCUUUGGCCUUCCAAAUCCCGCCGCUUGCAGAUCGUGGUGGUCAUCUGUUUUUUGCUGAUCAUCUUGCAACGUAUCGUCAACGUGCUCGUUCCUCACCAGGUGGGUGUCAUCACGAAUAUCCUCUCUAAAAAAGACGGCAAACUCAGGAUACCGUGGUACGAGAUCUGCUUGUAUAUCCUUUACCGAUGGUUGCAGGGCAACCAGGGACUCAUUGGGUCUUUGCGCUCCAGUUUAUGGAUUCCCGUGAGCCAGUACUCGUACAUGGAGCUUUCGACUGCAGCUUUCGAACACGUGCACGGCCUGAGUCUUGAUUUCCACCUGGGAAAGAAGACCGGCGAAGUGCUCUCUGCCCUCAGCAAAGGUAGUUCGAUCAAUACAUUUCUCGAGCAAGUCACCUUCCAAGUCGUCCCGAUGUUGGUCGAUCUCUGUGUGGCUAUUGUCUACUUCCUUAUCUAUUUUGACGCAUAUUACGCCCUUGUGGUCACCAUCAUCACUUUCUGUUACCUAUAUGUCACAGUGCGCUUGGCACAGUGGCGAGCAGAGAUUCGAAGGGAAAUGGUUAACAAGUCCAGACAAGAAGAUGCCAUCAAGAAUGACUCCAUGGUCUCUUAUGAAACAGUCAAAUAUUUCAACGCGGAGGACUAUGAAUUCGGAAGAUACCGACAAGCAGUGUCGGAUUAUCAGAAGGCCGAGUAUCCUGUUCUCUUCUCUCUCAAUCUCAUGAAUACGUCGCAAAACACUGUCUUCAUGCUGGGGUUGCUUAUCGCCUGUUUCAUUGCUGCCUAUCAGGUGUCCAUGGGACAGCGAGAUGUAGGCCAAUUUGUGUCAUUGCUCACGUACAUGGCACAGUUGCAAGGGCCCCUCAACUUCUUUGGAACCUUUUACCGCUCCAUCCAGUCAGCCCUCAUCAACUCCGAACGAAUGCUGGAGCUUUUUCGGGAACAGCCUACUGUUGUGGAUCGGCCUAGCGCGAGGCCUUUGCCUGUAUGCAGUGGCCGGAUCACGUUCGAGAAUGUUGAGUUCUCUUAUGACGCACGCAAGCCGGCUCUAAACGGCCUGACAUUCCAAUGUCAACCCGGCACCACAACAGCUCUAGUGGGUGAGUCUGGCGGAGGCAAGUCUACAGUCUUCCGACUACUUUUCCGUUUCUACAACGCCGAGCGUGGCCGUAUGUGUGUUGAUGGCCACGACGUUGAGAGUAUAACGAUCGACUCGCUCCGGCGGCAUAUGGGCGUUGUGCCACAAGACACUGUUCUCUUCAAUGAGACUCUGAUGUACAACUUGAAGUAUGCCAACCAGAACGCUACGGAGGAAGAAGUCUACGAAGCGUGUAGAGCGGCUAGCAUCCACGAUAAGAUCAUGUCUUUCCCGGAUGGCUAUAACACCAAGGUGGGCGAGCGUGGCUUGCGGCUGAGCGGAGGAGAAAAGCAACGAGUGGCUAUUGCUCGAACCAUUCUCAAGAACCCGCGAAUCAUUCUUCUAGACGAAGCGACCGCCGCUCUCGACACCGAAACGGAGGAGCACAUCCAAGGGGCACUAUCUAGCCUUUCCCGCGGUCGAACCAUGCUCGUCAUUGCUCACCGAUUGAGUACUAUCACUACUGCAAACCAGAUUUUGGUGAUGCAUGAAGGACGGGUAGUUGAGCGUGGUACUCACGAUCAACUGCUGGCUAUGAAAGGCCGGUACGCAAGCAUGUGGCGCAAGCAGAUUCGCGCCCAGAGGGCAGCAGCUGAAGCUCAAGUGCUACAAGAUCGAGCUCAGCGCCUGCGUAGCGCAUCAACGGCAGGUGGUGUUGGGGAUGAUAGUUCCAGCCAAUCCGAUGAGGAUCGGAACAGCAACGCUCUUGCCCCUACAGGCCGACAGAGCCAGGGCCGCUCAAAUAACAAGCCCACCGAAGAAAGUUGA